CCAUAAAUAUGUCUAUAUAUUUUAGACUAAACUUUAAUAUGUUUUCACUAAAUAUCUUAACAAAGUCCAAUCAAUUAUCAAACAAAAAGAGAGGAAAAAAAAACCUUCUUCUUUUGGUAUUCAGGUGGAUUGGUCUGUCUUACAACAAGAUUCCACAAACAACUAGGAAUAUGGAGGGAUAUGAUAAUGGGUCGUUGUAUGCUCCGUUUUUGUCGUUGAAAUCUCAUUCAAAACCGGAGUUGCAUCAAGGCGAAUUAGAAGAGGGCUCAAAGGUUAGAUCAGAAGGUUGUUCGAGAAGCGUGGAGUCGUCGAAAAAGAAGGGGAAGAAACAAAGGUAUGCGUUUCAGACAAGGAGCCAAGUGGAUAUUCUUGAUGAUGGUUAUCGAUGGAGGAAAUAUGGCCAAAAGGCCGUCAAAAACAACAAGUUCCCUAGGAGUUACUAUAGGUGCACAUAUGGAGGAUGCAACGUCAAGAAGCAAGUGCAAAGGUUAACAGUGGACCAAGAAGUGGUCGUGACAACCUACGAAGGAGUGCAUUCGCAUCCCAUUGAGAAAUCCACCGAAAACUUCGAGCAUAUUCUCACUCAAAUGCAAAUCUACUCUUCUUUCUAAUUGUUUUCUCAAAUCUUUUAUACCUUAAUUUGGAGCCUAUAAUUCUUAGAGCUCAUGUUGUAAAUUAUUAAUAAAAAUUAGAGUGUAUAUAUUUUACGUGUGUUGAAACAAACUCAUGCAUGUGAUCAACUGGAGUUUGUAUCCUAAUAAUUUCUAUUAAAGUUUUCAAAAUUGAG